GUUGCUGCCCCUCGAAGAGGCUGAGCCAUGGCGGCUCCUGCGAUUCCCGCGCCGCCGGGGGGCCCUCCGGGGGUCCCGGGCGGGGGCUCCGGACAGGGCCCCGUGGCUGCAGGGGGGGGCGCGAAAAGCGGGGAGGAGAGGCUGAAGGAGAUGGAAGCCGAGAUGGCGCUGUUUGAGCAAGAGGUUCUGGGCGCACCAGUCUCGUUACCUACAGUUGCUCCUGUAGUAGAAGGAGUUCCAGUUGCUCUGGCAGUGCCAGCAGUGUCUGCAGUGCCCCCGGUCCCCGUAAUCCGACCUAUAAUUGCCACCAACACCUACCAACAGGUCCAGCAGAGUCUGGAAGCCCGAGCAGCAGCAGCGGCAACUGUGGUGGCCCCCAUCGUGGCUCCUCCAGUGCCCUUUGUGGGCCCAGCUGUUCCCCCACAACGGCCUCCCAUCCUCCGACCAACGUUUGUGCCUCAUGUCCUGCAGAGAUCUGGUGGUCCUCGGCCCCUGUCAAUGCGCCCUCCCCAUCACCAGCCCAUGGUUGGCCCUCCCAUGCCCGGUCCACAGGGCCCACCAAUGCUUAUGGGACCACCGAUGCAGAGAGCCCCUGGCCCCCCCUUAGGUGGCAUGGGGCCUAUGAGAUCUGGCCCUCCUGUUGGGCCAGGGAUUCCCGUUGGCCCUUUGGCACCGCUGGUGCCGGUUCCUCGGCCUGUGGUGGCCCCUCCAAAGGUGAACCCCACAGUCAUCCAGGCAGCUCCGACUGUGUAUUCUGCCCCACCUAUGAAGAAGCAAGAGGAGGAGCACCGAGAGCCUCCCCCGCCUGUGGUGGAGGAAAAGGAGCCCGCCGGGCCGGAGGAGCCGGUGAUUGGCCCCAGUAUGCCAGAGGCCGAGCCGACCCCGCUGGUGGAUCCAAGGGGCCUGGCCUCCCUCCGUGGGCACGACUUGGCACCUGGGCGAGGGAAGCGCCCUCGAGGGGGCGAUGCUGGGUUUGUGCCUGUUGAGCCUGCUGUGGAAAGCACAUCUGAGGACAAGAAGAAAACAAAACAGGAGAAGUUGAAGCGCUGCAUUCGCACUGCUGCUGGGACAUGCUGGGAAGACCCCAGCUUGCUUGAAUGGGAUGCUGAUGACUUCCGGAUCUUCUGCGGUGACUUGGGCAAUGAAGUGAAUGAUGACAUCCUGGCUCGUGCCUUCAGCCGCUACCCAUCCUUCCUGAAGGCCAAGGUGAUCCGGGACAAGCGCACUGGCAAGACAAAGGGCUAUGGCUUUGUCAGCUUCAAGGACCCCAACGACUACGUCCGUGCCAUGCGGGAGAUGAAUGGAAAGUACGUUGGCAGCAGGCCCAUCAAGCUGCGCAAAAGCAUGUGGAAGGACCGCAACAUCGAUAUUGUGCGCAAGAAACAGAAGGAGAAGAAGAAGCUGGGCCUGAGGUAACCCGGCGAACACAGCAGCGUUGGCUGCUCACCUGUGAGCCCAAGCAUCCCGCCCUCGGCUGGGGAAGGGACAGGUCGCCGGAAUUGCUGUGCCAGCUGGAAAGCGGAGGUGCCGUCUAGUCGCGCCUGCUCAGAGGUCCGUGUGUACAUAGAAGAGAUGUGUGCCCUUGUGCGCCCCGCCCACAAGCUCUGCAGGCCAAUAGCGGCUUUGUGGUCUUGAUGGGAAGGAACAGAACCCACAGCCCUGCUGAGGACCCUCUGUGGGGAACAGCAGCUGACACGGGCAAACAGCAGCUGACACGGGCAAAAGCGUUUUAAGUCAAUAAAUUUGCGCGUAUCUUUUUUUUCUCUC